GCGGCGUCGGCUCGGGCUCGGGCGCCGGCUCCCGCCCCUGCUGCGCGCGCAGCCCUCCGCCCGCAGGCCGCUCUCCGCCGGCCCCGCCCAGCGCGGGGAGCGCGCGGCCGCCGCGGGAGCCGGAGCCGAGGAGACCGCUGAGCGGGAGGCGGCGGCGGGAGCGCGAGCCCGGAGCAGCGGCGCGGCGGCCGGGCAGGAUUUACAGAUGGAUCCAGUGGAAAAGACGACAAACAGAAGUGAACAAAAAUCCAGUAGAAAGUUUUUAAAAAGCCUCAUCCGGAAGCAGCCCCAGGAGCUGCUCCUGGUCAUCGGGACGGGCGUCAGCGCCGCGGUGGCCCCGGGAAUCCGUGCCCUGUGCUCGUGGCGGAGCUGCAUCGAGGCCGUCAUCGAGGCUGCCGAGCAGCUGGAGGUGCUUCACCCGGGGGACAUCGCCGAGUUCCGUAGGAAAGUGACGAAGGACCGGGACCUGCUGGUCGUUGCCCACGAUCUGAUCCGGAAGAUGUCGCCUCGCACGGGUGACACCAAGCCCAGCUUCUUCCAGGACUGCCUGAUGGAGGUUUUCGACAACCUGGAGCAGCACAUCCAGAACCCGCUGGUGCUGCAGUCCAUCCUCAGCCUCAUGGACCGGGGCACCUUGGUCCUGACCACCAACUACGACAACCUGCUGGAGAUCUUUGGGCAGCAGCAGAGCAAGCCCAUGGAGUCGCUGGACCUGAAGGACAAGACUAAGGUCCUGCAGUGGGCGAGAGGCCACCUCCAGUACGGGGUCCUCCACAUCCACGGCCUGUACACCGACCCCUGCGGGAUGGUCCUGGACCCGUCUGGGUAUAAGGAUGUCACCCAAGACCCGGAAGUCAUGGAGGUGCUGCAGAGCCUGUACCGCACCAAGUCCUUCCUGUUCGUGGGCUGCGGGGAGACCCUGCGGGACCAGAUCUUCCAGGCCCUCUUCCUCUACUCGGUGCCCAACAAGGUGGAGCUGGAGCACUACAUGCUGGUGCUCAAGGAGAACGAGGACCAUUUCUUCAAGCACCAGGCUGACAUGCUGCUGCACGGGAUCAAGGUGGUGUCGUACGGGGACUGUUUUGACUACUUCCCCGGGUACGUGCAGGACCUCGCCUCCCAGAUCUGCAGGCAGCGCAGUCCAGAUGCUGACCGAGUGGACAGCACCACGCUGUUGGGGAACGCGUGUCAGGACUGCGCCAAGAGGAAGCUGGAAGAGAACGGGCUUGAAGAGUCGAAGAGGCCCCGCCGGUCCGAUGCCGAUGACGCCGCGGGGUCUUGAACUCUCUGGAAUCAGUGCGUUCCCGCAGCCUGCAAACCAGCCUUCUGUAACCGCAGUGCCGUACCCCGAGCGACGAGGAACUCCGCGUGGGCCCUCUCCCCCCCACAUCCGCCCCGCACCCCGGAAGAGCCGUGCGGGGGGGCGGCCCGGGGCCUGGGGCACCACCCGCCGUGCGGUUUGAGCGCCCGGGAGGCAGAGCCUCGCGGGGCCGACGGACAGCCGCCUCAGGGACCGGAGCCCGCCCGCCGGGCCCCCUCCGUCCAGGGGGUUUUUCUAGUAAAAAGGGGAGGGUGAGGACUGACCAAGCAACAGUAGUUGCCAGAGGAAAAAAAGACACAUUUACGAUUUUUACGUGGAAACGUGUUGCUGUAGGAGAAAGUUGAAAGUCUGCUCGUCGCGCUCGUCGGCCGGUAGGGAAGGACGAGCGGGUGCUGGGCGGCGGCGCCAAGCCUGCGGCGCAGAAAGGUCGGGUGUGAAGAGGAGAGCGCGGCCCGGGGGGGGUCCCUGGGGUUCCUCAGGUCCGUGACUUGGGCUCUGGGGAGCGGCGGGCCCAGCGGCCGCGGAACCCCGGAGCCAGAGGGCCUCCCACGAGCGCGGCUCAGCGCCCCGCGGGUUCCGUGUGGCGAGGGCACCCGAGAAGUGACCAGCAGAGCACAAGACCGAGCUUGCGACUUUCAGUGAGAAGGGAAACCCCACGCUUUCGGAGACUUUAUUCUACGGGGAAGGUCCAGGCUUCCCGUUUCCCUCCCAGGAGGCUCUCUCCCCGGGGCCCGCAGACCAGGGCAGGCAGGCUCGUCAAGGGCGUCCGGGUUCACGCAAGGCGGAGCGCGCCGGGCCGGGGGCACGGUGGCCGUGGCCGUGACCCCCGGGACCCUGCUGGGUUUCCUGCCAGACUCCGUGUCGCUCCCCGCGGGCGGCGCUGGGCUCCCCCGGGUACGGAGAGAGUUAGGAGCAGAAACGUAAGGUUGGGACGUGUUGAGAGAGAGAGAAGCUGGAGACCUGCUUACGACAUUCUUUUCCUUUGCGAGGCAUGAAAAAUCAAUCUUUUAUGUUACUCUGGUCAUAAAUAAAAUUUUAACCUCA